AUGGAUACUGUUGGAAUAUUGGUAUGCUACAAUGGAAGUUGGGUUAAGAAGGAUAACAUUGAGAGUUACGAAGGUGGGGAGGCUAAAGGCAUAAUAGUGUCACGGAAUGUAACGUUUUCCGACCUUGUUCAGCGCAUUUAUAAGAUCAUGGAUGCAGAUCCCACGAAAUAUAUUGUCACACUGAAAUAUUCAGUUCCUGUAUCCUCAUCUGUCUGUAAGCAUAUAAGGGUUGAAGACAAUGAUGAUGUUAAAUAUUUUGUAAAGUACAACACAGAUGUUAUGGCCUCUAAAGUAACCCCUUUAGUAGCAAGCUUGAAAAAUAUUGAAGGUCAUGGUAUUGAAGGGUGCAAUGGCAUUGUAAGCGUUGAGAGUAGCAAUGCUCCUGCUGACUUUUUGUGGAACAAAGAAAUGUGUGGUGAAAACAUAGUUGCUGAUUUCAAUGAACCUAGCAACGAAGAGGAACCGCAGUCUGCUCCGAUUCUGCAUCCUCAUGAGGACAGCAAUGUCGAACCGUCCACUGUGCAGUGUAGACAGGUGCAAUCCGAACCUCCCCGACAAUCAAGUUCGACUGAAAUGCAUACAAGUCGGGGUGAUUUGAAGCAUGGUCAGAGUUUGGAAUAUAUUCAGUAUGGUGGAGGCGUUUCGUGCAUAAAUUGGGAAGCAAAUUUGAAGGUUGGCCGAGUUUAUCCAAAUAAGAUUGCCCUUUUAAAAACCAUCAGUUUAGCAGCUAUUACAGGCCACUUUCGAUUGAGAACUGUCCAAUCUGGGAAGCAUCGGUUGUGUGUUCGCUGUUGGCAGCUUCCUUGCCCUUGGAAAGUUCGGGCAUAUAAAGUUGGAUUACAUGAGUUUAAGGUUGUUAAAUACGAUCCACUUCAUGAAUGUGAUAUAACGUAUAUAAGUAGUCAUCAUCCUCAAGCUACGACUGAACUGCUGUCUGACUGUGUUAAGUGGAGAUUUCAGGAUUCGCGCAGCAUUUAUACAGCAGCUGAUAUCAAGAAAGAUGUGAAACAAAAUUUCGGUGUGAGCAUAAGCUACUCUACAGCGUGGAGAAGCCGAGAGUUAGCUUUCAAAAGAAUUAGAGGGUCUGCAGAAGAGUCGUAUUCCCUUCUCCCUUCCUAUUGUUAUGAAUUGGAGCGUACAAAUCCGGGAACUUUGACAUACAUUGAGACUGAUGCAGCUGAUCACUUCUUAUAUUUUUUUAUGGCAAUUGGUGCAUGCAUACGAGGAUUUAAGUCGUCAAUGCGGCCCGUGAUUGCUGUUGAUGCUACUCAUUUGAAGUGCAAGUAUAGAGGUGUUUUGUUUGUUGCGACCGCAUUUGAUGGAAAUCGGAACAUAUAUCCUGUUGCCUUUGGGAUUGGAGAUUUGGAGACGGAUGCAGCUUGGGAGUGGUUUUUGAGAAAACUACAUUGUGCAAUUGGUGAUUGCUCGAAUCUCGUUGUCAUAUCAGAUCGCAAUGUUAGCAUACAGAAUGGGUUGCGUAGAGUUUUUCCUGGGGCAAGCCAUGCGGAUCCGAUAUUGGGGUAUUUUGUAAGGGCAGCUAAGUCUUAUCGUCUAGCGGAGUUCAAUCGUCACUUUUCCAGGAUAAACAAUGACCGAGUGCGAACUUAUUUACUACGUGCAGGCAUCCAGAAGUGGUCUCGGGCCCAUUGUGAUGGACGACGAUAUAAUGUGAUGACAACGAAUAUUGUGGAGUCCAUUAAUUCAGUUCUUCGGUUUGCAAGGAUGCUUCCGGUGCUACACUUGAUUGACGAAAUUACAAAUCUACUUGUCUGUUGGUUUAGGCAACGUCGAGAGUUAGCAAUGAAAUCUCAUUCUACGUUGUGCCCUGAUUUAGGGGAAAUUAAGUUAAGGAAGAGGUUAGACGCUGCGUCAAGGAUGAAUGUGGUCAAAAUCAAUGACGUCGAGUAUAAUGUUCUGGAUGGUGAUUUGAACGGUCUGGUGCACUUGCAAAACCGUAGUUGUACAUGCAGGAAGUUUGACUUGGAGCAACUCCCGUGCAAGCACGCUAUUGCGGUAUGUCGGCACUUGAAAUUGAACCCCUACUCCUUUGCCUCUUCUUAUUAUACACGAGCUACAUGGGCAGCUGCAUAUGCUGAAUCUAUUUAUCCUGUACCACCUGAAGGCACAUGGGUUAUUCCCCAAAUUUGA